UAUUUAUUUUAAGAAACAGAUCCUAGUUUUAUUUAAUUGUUUUUUAUUUCCUUUUGAUUUUAUUAAACUCUCUUUUGAUUUUCAGGAUUUCCUGUUUAAUUGGACAUUUCCUGAUCUUUCCAGGGAACUGAAUUCAGUUGUAUCCAUAGACAGACCUAGAGAGGUUAAGAGGCCCUAGAUCACACUAGGUGUCAACUGCUACACUGAAACUUUUUAUGAGUAAUGAGCCAGAGUCCUUCCUGUUCUGGUAGUUCCACCUAGUGGACAGAAGGAGACCUACAGCAAGAGAGGAAGAUCUGAGGCCAGGGAUGCUUGAGCCAGCCUGAUUUCCAUCUGAUCAUAGAGUGGCAAACGUUGGAGCCCAUCCUCACCUAUGAAAGGAUAGGGUUGGAUAUGACCCAGUUUAUGGGUCUCAGCACUAUUGCAGAAUCAGUCCAGGAAUCUUGUUCAGUUCAGUUCUCCAAGGCAUCUCAAAACAUUUUUGGACCAGAAUUGAGCAGGGAGUUGUGACAAGGGAAUCACUUUAAAAGACUGAUAUAUAUUAAUUUAAGGUCGCCAAGGAAUUCAGCUAUGUAAUUCCUAAAUGAAAAAUUCAAGUCAGCAGUCAACCUUUUAUGGAGUUUAAUUUCAAUAGGAGGAAGAAAGGAAUUAGAGAUAGAGAGAGAGAAAAAGGGAGAGAAGGGAAUAGGGCUUAAAUACCCCUUCUGUUUAGGCUGGGCCAAAAGGCCCAAGCCCUUAGGUAGCUGAGACAAAGAAAAGAGAUCAGUCCCUAUUACUCAGGUGACCAAAAUGGAGAAACAGUCUCAGAGGCCCCCACCUUCAGCUUCCUUCAGAGCAAGCUUCUCAGAGUACACUGCCACCACUCCGACCAACUCCUCAACCACCACUGAGUCUUCAGACCCCCCUGAUCUUUAAGGAAACCAUCCAAGUUGCCUCCCCUCAGUUCUCACAUCUACCAAUCACUGUCCAUCAAUUUCCCUGUGCCAAUGGAGGCUCUAGCUUAACCCAGGACCGCCCAGAGGCUUUGCACAUGUCUGUUGAAGGUCAUAUUUUCAAAAUGAUUAAAUCUUUGCUCCUUUGCUACAGCCCUUUCUAAAUCCUGUUAACCUGAGUAGGGUAGAGAUUGGAAUAAUUAAAUUUUGAUCUAGGCUGCAGCCCUUACUCAAUCCUGUUAGGACUGAAUAGGGUGGAGAUUGAUUCCAAGUAUCUCCAUUGUAUCAAUUCUAAAAUCAAUCAUGACUCAAAGAAAUUCCUGUUCUAUGCUUAAGCAUAGGUCAGAGUCCUUUCCAUUGUUCAGCAAAAGGUUUCUGUCCUAAAGUAAUCUUAAGAAGGGAAGGAGAAGGAACCUCCCAUGCCAAUGGGGUUCCCAUUCCAAUAGACUAUCAGUAAGAAAUUUUCCAAGUAUGAAAUUUCCCAAUGGUGAAAUUUCCAACAUUUAUAAGUCUAAGGAAUUUUGAGGUUUACAGAGUCAAGUCCAUAAAACUGGAUCCUGUUUGGCCUGUGUAGUCAAGGAAAGCCCCUGGAGAUUUUUCCUUGAGAUACAGCUUGCUGACAGCUCUCAUCCAUUGCUUAUUAUCCCUAGCCUACCCUCUCCCUGUUCCCUUUGCUGCUUCUCCAUUAUUUCCCUCACUGUCUUCCUAGAUCAUAUCUCUUUUAUUUUGGGGAUACAACAGUCUAGGUCUAUCACAUCAUCUAAAAACAGAGAAGUAUAGAUAUUUUGACACAAAAUUUGAAGUCAGGUUUUUCUCACUCUUAGUCCAACACUAAUCACUAUGGAAUGUCAGGCAUUGCAUUCAUUGAUGUUGCCAAAACACAUUCCAAAAUGUCCUACCAUGGCCUUCAUGCCCAGGAUCAUGUUCACACUUCUUUCAUAUUCUCUCCCCAUUACAAAAAGUGGCUAGCAGACCUCAGAUUUGUCACUGUCCUGGCCAGUCUCACUUGGCUUUCCUGGAUACAAAUGGGAGGCUAAUGGUUCCUUACCUUAAACUUCCCAACCGAGACCCAGUGUCAGAGUGCAAGAUCAAAAAAGCUGAAAUAUUUGGAACUUAUUCCUAUCAAUUUGGAAAUUAAUUUUAAGACAGCUGGAACUGGAUGACCAAGGAAGGAAGCCUGUCGAUGCUCCCGGAUGUGCCCGAGGGAUUGCUCUGGCACACACACCUCUCUCAGUGGCAAGGCCUCACUUCCAAAUAGAGAUGAGGAAAGAGCUCCCCUUGGGCCAUGAAGGCUCAGGGAAAAUUAGUCACAAUUAGCUUAGAUUCCCAGAAUAAAACCAUAUCUGAGCUUGAAGAUCACCUUCAACAUUCUCAUUCUCAUCUUGUAGGGCAAGAAACACCUAAGGAAAUGGAAGAACCCAAAGCAGGGAAUUCCAGAAUCUUCUGUAAAGGCGCCACUGUCCAAACCUACCAUUGUUACCUCCAACAAUACUGCAGUGGAGACCAAGGACUUCUCAAUGACUUGCAAUGCUACAGGUCAAAUUCACGCUUACCAGUGGUUCAUAAACGGAGUUGCCCCAGAUGGUCGCAGGAUACAGCUGUCGCCAGAUAGGAGGACACUCACUCUCAGCAGUCUCACAAGAUUCGAUAACAAAGGGCCCUAUGUGUGUGAAAUCGAGAACCCAUUGUUUCGGAAUAGGAGUGAUCCAUUCCCACUGAAUGUUACCUAUGGCCCAGAUAUCGCCACGAUUGUCCGUUCAGCUGGUGUGUACCCUACUGGCGUAAAUAUUACCUUGAGCUGUGUAGCUGAUUCUAACCCACCAGCACAAUUCACUUGGUUACAGAAUGGACAAUCUGUCAGCAACUCAGCCAUAUUUUCUGUUAUUUCAUCCCUGAAUCAUGCUGGAACCUAUACCUGUAUUGCAUCUAACUCAUUCACUGGCAUGACGCGGACCGCAACCAAGAAUAUUAUAAUCUAUGCACCACUGUCCAAACCUACCAUCAUCACCUCCAACAAUACUGCAGUGGAGACCAAGGACUUCUCAAUGACAUGCAAUGCUACGGGUCAAAUUCACGCUUACCGGUGGUUCAUAAAUGGACUUGCCCCAGGUGGUAACAGGAUACAGCUGUCACCGGAUAACAGGACACUCACUAUCAGCAGUCUCAGAAGAACGGAAAACAAAGGGCCCUAUGUGUGUGAAAUCGAGAACCCAUUGUUUCAGAAUAGGAGUGAUCCAUUCACACUGAAUGUUACCUGUGAGUAUAUUGCUUCUUCCUAUAUGGUGCCUUCUUAUAGCCUGGUGGUGUGUUCCUAGAGGCCCAGGCUAAUUCAGUCCCUUCUCUGAGAGCUAAAGAGGUAGGCUCUGAGGUUCCCAACCCCCUUCAUCUUUAGGGAGCCCAAAUUGGCCUUGCCAUGUGUUCUGGUUGAGGGUGGCCAGCCAGGGUGCUGAACUGGAGAAAGCCCUAAGAUCUUCCAAGUUCAGAUCCACACUGGAAAAGUAGAAGAUGAGUUGUGAAUUUCCCAGCUCAAAGGAGGAUCAGGGAGACAUAGUGGUUCUUGGUGAUGGGUUAUAGACUAGGAGAUGCCCCCUUAUUUCUGCCAUAAUCUCAAUAUGGAAUCCUUUUCUUUCUUCCAGAUGGCCCAGAUAUCGCCACAAUUGUACAUUCAGCCAAUGAGUACCCUACUGGGGCAAAUAUUACCUUGAGCUGUGUUGCUGAUUCUAACCCAGCAGCACAAUUCACUUGGUUACAGAAUGGACAAAGGAUCAGCUACUCAGCCACAUUUUCUGUUAUUGCAUCCCUGAGUGAUGCUGGCACCUAUACCUGUACUGCAUCUAACUUAUUCACUGGUUUGACUCGUACUGCAACCAAGAAUAUUACAAUCUAUGGUGAGUAUCUGGAUUGGGCCACCAACUUUGUGUGGGGCUCUCUCUUUCCCUGGCAUGACAGAAAUAGACAAAAGUGACACUCCCCCCCCCCUGGUCCCAUGGCACAGUGCAUUGUGGUAGAAAGAGCCCUGAGAUCAGAAUCAUGAAACGUAGAUUGAAUCUUUUCUUUUCUGCCUAUUAUCUAUGUAGUAAAUGACUCCUCCUUUUACAGCCCCAGUUCCUUCAUCUGGAAAAAUGAAUAAUAUUUGUUCUGUGUAUAAUAGGAUUUUAUGUGGAAUCCUUUUUACAUGGUAGACACAAAAUAAAAACAUUAGUUGUCAUUAUCAUCUUUAUUAUUGAUAUUGUAUUAUUCUAUUCUGUCCCAGAGACAUACAUCCUUCUUUUUCUCCCACCUUCUAAGGCUGCAGGUUCAAUGACUGCCCCAUACUCACUCUUGCAGUCCAUUUCCCUUGUUGCUGUGGAACCACAGAGUGUUUCUAGUCUUGGUUGGAGUAUAAGCUAUGGUCAUGCAAUGGGGCUAGCCUUGAUCCUCUUUGGCAGGGAAAUUCUGGAGAUGGAAAGGAGGAUGUAAACUUUGUCUCCUUUCACACCCAGAGAUUCACUAUUGGACCUAUAUUCUUCCUCUUUGUAGCAUAAAAUGCCACAUGGAAGCAUAUCUUAUUUAACCUGGUUCUGAUCUAUUGGCUUUAGCCUCCAGUAUAUGUUAAUUCACUUGUCUGACUUUCAUAUGUACAGAUGACAGACCCUCCAUAAUCACACUAAUGGGCAUCAUGACCAUAGAGAGAUCAUCUCUGGCCUUAGUUGCCUUUUAUUUCAUGCUGUUUUAUUGUUACGAUUAUUAGAGGUAUCCCAGCUUCCUGUCCCUGACUCUGGGGAUAUUCUGAAUUGAGAGCAAGGGGAGAGAUAGAAUUGUGAAGUGGGGAAGUGACCUUGGGGAAGUCAGACUCCAACAGUAUAUACUUUAGAGGAGGGAUGAUAUUUUAUUGACCUCAGUCUGUACAUGAGGAUGCUUAAAGCACACAUUUUAAAUUAUCAUAUAAUUAUCUGUGAGUUAUUUUCUUUUGUUAAUUAUUUCCCAAUUACCUUUUCACCUGGUUCAGGCAGCACUGGGAAUGUUGGAGGCUAUGGAUUUGACACCUGUAGUCUAAAAGAGCUUUUUCUUAAUUUAUUUUUUCCAAUUAACCAAAAUCUAUUUUUGUCCCCUUUUUACCUUCUACCGCUAAUGAAAAAAAAACAUCUUUGGGACAGGUAUGAGUUGUGCCUGCCUGUAGCCACAAAUUAAUAUAUUCUUAGGUGGAUACCUGAGAAGGAGAGUUAGAAAGUGAGGGAAAAUGGGUGAAGGGGAUAUAGAGUAAGAGGAAAUAGAACAAAGGAAGAGAGACUCAGAGACACGGCUUAAAGAGCUUGGGAUCCAGCCUGUGUGCUCCUCUGAUGGUGGUAGAGAGAGAGAGAGACAGUGAACUACAUAUUUCCUCAGUCUUUUGUUGGAGGAUCAAGCAAUGGGGAAUGGGAGGUGGCUAAUGUUCAUGUGACAAGGCAUAAGGCUUAACAUUGGUUCAACUGACUACCACAAGAUCAAAGAAGAGGAGUUUUCUUAAGCAUGUGACCUGGUAUGGAAUCUGGUCUGGCAAGGUGGGAACUAGGACACUGAGGCAGCCUACCCAGGAAUUCUUCUGACCUUUGGAUUUGUGAUAGAGACAUGAAUAGAGAGAGGCUUUGCAGGUCUCGUGGACCAAGAUGCAAGAACCAGGGUUCCAAUGGAAUGUCCCUGGUUGGUGGCAGUUUAAGCUGACCGGUGUAAUAAAGAAUAAGCUGAGAGAAGCUAUUACUUGUGAAUAGGGAAUGGUAACUGAGGAGAACAUCUUUAUUAGCAAUGACUGUUGUUCUCUGUCUGGCUUUUGACUUGAGAGCACUGCUAAUGGGAACCUGAAACUGCUGAGAGAACCUGAGGAUGCUUAGUUGUAAUGGGGGAUUGCCACACACAAAGGACACUGGUACAGAAGGGACUGCUCUGGGGAAUCUGUCUAUUGAUUUCUACUAAUCUAUUUCCUAACCUCCUUCCUCCCUCACUCCCUCCUCCAACCCUCUUCCUCCUGCCACUCUUCUCCUCCCAAUUUUCCCUCCCCCCUGAGUGAAUUACAAAAUAUUCUAAUUUUCUUUCUCAGGUAAGUGGUCUAUUGGGAUAACAGGAUGGGAAACUGAGGUAAGGGGGGUGAGGAAGUCCCUAAUCUAAAUGAUUGAUUUUAGAAAGGUUUGGGGAAGUAUUCUAGUCACAAACUGUGACUCUGAGAUAGGGAGAUGGAGGACAAUGGCUCAGUGUCAACUUCAAUUGUUCAGAAUCAGAGAAACCCAAAA